CUCUAUCACGUGGCGGCCGAUGACCCACUUCUGUCCUUGGCUGUCCCAUUGCACCUGACACCCCGGCGGUUGUAAUUCUCAGAAGUCUUGGAAAGCGUGUGAACGGCAAAAUCAUGACUGAUGCGUUCAAAAACUGCAAAAGUGUAAUGAUAACGGGAGCCAGUCGAGGCCUCGGUUUACAAAUGGUGGAGACCCUGGUGACAGGAAACAGCUCUCCGGGAAAAAUAAUAGCCACUGCCCGUAAUCCUCCCGGAGCCAAGGAAUUGCAGAGUUUGGCAGGGAAAUAUCCCCAAAUACAUAUCAUAACACUUGACGUCAUUAACCAGCAGAGUAUCGAGAGCGCUGCCAAGGAGGUGGAGCAGCUGGUCCAGGAGGAUGGACUCAACUGCCUCAUCAAUAACGCCGGCAUCAACGUGGUGGCCAACUUUGAGACGGUCACUGCAGAGCAGAUGCUUGAGAACUUUCACACCAACUCGGUGGCCCCAUUGAUGAUCACCAAGGCAUUCCUACCCCUGUUGCGGCGUGCAGCUGCCAGGGGUUCUGGUAUGGGUAUCCACCGUGCGGCAGUCAUCAACAUCACCUCCCUACUGGGCUCUGUAGAGCUCUACUGGGGCGACCGAGCCGACACCUUCAAGUGGUACCCCUACAGGACAUCCAAGAGUGCUCUGAACAUGGUGACGCGCUGCAUGGCUGUGGACCUGCAUCAUGAGGGCAUCUUAGUUAUGGCGCUGCAUCCCGGCUGGGUCCGCACAGACAUGGGGGGGCAAGAGGCCCCGCUGAGCACAGAGGAGAGCAUCUCGAGUGUCUUGUCUGUGAUUGGAGAGCUGACUGAAGAGCAUCAUGGAUCAUUUCUGCACUACACAGGAGAGCCGUUACCAUGGUGAUCUAAAAACAGGGUGUUUAUCAUUUGCAUUCAUUAUUAUUUAUUAUUUAUUGUUUGGCUGUUGAAGUUGUAUGCAUAGUUGCGAGUGUAUAAAAGUGUUGAUGGUUUGAUCUGGAUCAGAUCAGUGUGAGAGUUCUUGGGGGAAGAAGGAGAUAGUAGAUGUAUCGGUAUGAAUCCAGUGAGACACUUAAUCAUGUUUUCAUAACUUAAUCAUGUCUUCUCAAAUGACAACGAGUGCACUGUUUAAAAUGUUGGAAAUGAGAAAACAAAAUGAUACAAAAUAUUAUGCAAUAUGUUGUGCAAUAAUGUAAAUGUGUUAUGAACUUCUGUGUGGACACUGUUAAACUGAGUGUUAGUGUUGAAAGGAAAAUGUUAAAAAGCCUUUGAACAUAAAGAGACAUCUCCUUGUGGAGAGUUGAGCCAAAGACAGGCCAGCAGGAAAGGUUCUUAGCGAAGGCAGGCUUCAGUGCAGCUAUAAAGUUGUACGUUGUCAGUAUUAAAACCAUGUUUAUUUUUAUUUGAGCUAAUGUUGCUGAACAAUAAAGCACUUU